AUGCUUCCUCAACUAAUUACUGCGCUGACUGCUCUCGCUGUGCUGCCUGUGACAGCUAGCCCGCUUGAGUUGUCGCGCCGCGGAACAGUUGCUUCCAGCGCUCUCGUCGGACUUCCUCAAGCAGUUCCUGCCGGUGCCACUGGCGACCGCUAUUUGGCAUACCAGCCAAAGCUCAAGGUUGUCAAUGGCUGCGUACCUUUCCCAGCCGUAGAUGCAAACGGAAACACGAAUGCCGGUCUCAAGCCAUCAGGAAGUUCCAACGGCGGAUGCAGUUCGAGCACUGGGCAAGUCUACGUGCGAAGCGGUACUUCGGGCGGCAAGAAUGCCCUGAUGUAUUCCUGGUAUUUCCCCAAGGAUGAGCCUUCAACUGGUAUCGGCCAUCGCCACGAUUGGGAGGGUGUUAUCAUCUGGCUAUCCGACGCCACAAGUACCGCUGCCUCAAGCAUCGUGGCCGUUUGUCCUUCGGCACAUGGUGGCUGGGAUUGCACUACAGACAAAUUUACACUUGAUGGAACCUCAUCUCUGAUCAAGUAUGAGUCUGUUUGGCCCUUGGAUCAUUCUUGCGGCCUGACUACUGCCGUGGGCGGCACACAGCCGUUGGUUGCCUGGGAGUCAAUGACAACUGUCGAGCAAACUGCUUUGGAUACAACCGACUUUGGAGCUGGAAAUGUUCCUUUCAACGAGAACAACUUUGCUAACAACCUAGCAAAGGCAACCUACUGA